AUGAUGGGGCUGGAAGGAGGACUUUAUGGAUGUGAUGACCCUGCAUACUGGAGAGCGGUUUUGAAUGUCUACCAGGAUGUGGUCAUGGCCAAAGCGAGCAAGCAGGGGAAAACCAUUGCCUUGGAUAAAUGGUAAAUGUUUUCAGCAGGUAGCAGAACACACCUGCUACAGCAAAGAGCUUCUGGGGGGGUUCCCUCUCUCAUUGUACAUUCAGUGAAGCAGAACACUGGAAGAUUUGGGAUGCACAAAAGGAAGGCCUUCUUAACACAGCACAUAGCUAAACUAUGGAAGAUGUAUAGUGAUGGCCUCCGGACUUUUCUUAUGUUCUGAUGCUUCAGUUGCAGCCUUAACACUGUGGUGAUUUUUCAUAACUGGCAGCAGAGCUGGAGAAUCUUAAGACACUUGUUUCUUGUUCGUCCCCUUCAUAUUUUUAUCACUUUGUUUUAUGUGUAUCCUUACUUACCCCCUCUGAUUUUUAUGUCGUACUGAAUGGACCUCCUGCUAAGAUUAUUUAUUGAAUUGCUAAUUUAUUGAAUUGAUAUUCCACCCUUCCUUCCCAAGGAACCCAGGGUGGCAAACAGAAGCACAAUUAAAAGCAAAGCAAAAGCAUUCUGAAACGAUUACAAUUAAUCCAAUCUAAAAGCAGUUUCUGUUAAAAACAUUCCUGUAUCCAGUGAUCUCAAGGUUGCCAGGAACAGAAUUCUUUAGCCACCCAAUGCUUGGGUAAACAUGAAUGUGUUUAAAUUCCUCCUGAAAGCUGAUGAUAAUGGAGACAGGCACACCUCACUAGGGAAGGCAUUACACAUCCAGGGAAUCGCCACUGAAAAGGCCCUUCAUGGGGGCAGCAGCAACAGGGCCACCAAGUCCUCCCCUGCCAAUCAUACAGUCCAAUAUGACUUCUGCAGCAGUGCAGUGCCAGUCCCCAGAACAAUGAAUUGGACAAGUCUGUGGCCUGUGCAGUUCUUCUCUUUUUGUCUCUUGUGAGCUUUGCCCGAAUCAAUUUAAUUGAAGAAGGGGGAAAUGUGUUUCUCCUCUCUGAUCUUUUCAAUGUUAUUCAAAACCAUUUUAUUGUUUUUACUCCCUUCCCUGUGUUACCAUUUGCAGGUAUCAAGAGGAGCUGCCAAUUGCUGUUUCCGGGCGGAAGGACAAACACUUGACAAAAGAAGAGCUGGUGAGGCUGAUGGAAUGGAAGCUUUCUGUAAGUAAUUCUGCCAGAGUCGGUUGCCGUGUGGAGCAGAGGCAGUAUGGACCCAGGGGCGUGAUAGUGCGUAAUCACAGGCACUUGCAGCCCUCCAGAUACAGCUGGACCACGGCUCCCACCAUCCCUGCUCACUGACCACGCUGGCAGGGCCUGAUGGGAGUUGGAGACCAACAGCAGCUGGAGGGCCACGUUCCCCAUCCCUGUUUUAGAAAGUCUACCCCUCACUUGCCCCAUCUGCUCAUGGAAGUUAAAAAUAAAAUAGAAAUAUUCACUGACCGUUUAGGUAACGGGAAAUGCCUGUGAAAUGAAAUAACAGUAAUCCCAUUAUAAUAAUGGUAAUAUAUUUUUACUUUUUGGACUUUAUAAUCAUUUGUUUCCAAGAGGUCUCCAAGAGACUUAAAAAAACAUUUAAAAUCAUCAGCAUGAAUAUACUAUACCAUUAACAGAACUCAUACAGAACACCUGCAAUUCCUCUUUAUAUUUUACACACACAAAGUGCCCCAGUAACAGCAAAAUAGCACCAGCUCAGUUAUUCAGAAGCCUGGGGGGGGGGCAAGUCUUGGCACUGCAAAGCUGCAACACAAUAAAGGCGACUGGCAGACCUCACUGGGGAGAGCAUUCCAUAGCGUAGCUCUGUCCUGAGUGAGGAUAUGAGAGUCAGAACUAAUUUUAAGUUAGCAGUGUAGGCACAAGUGGAAUGACUGCCUUCUUUCUUCCCUGCAGAGAGGCAAGUUUCGUCCUCGACUCCAGCAGCUGGUGGCCACUAACUCCAGCGAGAUGGUGGAGAGCUGCACCAGAAACGCCUUCCAGCUCCUCCCUGACGUAGCAGCUGCCAUGACUGAGCUGUGCAAACUUAAGGCUGUGGGGCCCGCCACAGCAUCAGGUAGGAAAGGCCCUGAAGCCUGCAGGUUUGUUUAUUUCCUGUAUUUUUUUGCCUACACAUUUUGCAAGGAGUUUGAGCAAUGAUUGUGCUCUUUCAUUUACCCAACGUUCUCAUAACAUGAUCACAGCAAAACAUUUCUUCUUGAAGGGUGGUAGCUCAGUGGAGGAACAUCUGCCUUGCACACAGAAGGCCCCAGCUUCACGUUCCCACUCUGAAACCUGGAGAUCUGCUGCCAACCAGUGUUGGCAAUACUGAUCCAGAUAGACCAGUGGUCUGACUCUGUAUAAGGCAACUUCCCUUGUGGAAGAGCAUUUGCAGAGACAGCAAGGCCCCUUCCAUUAGCCUGGCUCGAGUGCUGCCUGGGUUUUCUCAAACACUUGUGCAAUCAUGUGAUUUUUUUCAAACCCAUUUGCCUCCCGAAGCUCCCCCACCUCUCUGCCACCAAACUCUUGUGCAGUGCAGAGGAUUCUGGGAUGAUGGCCUGCCAGGUCUCCUCAGCUGAAAGGGCACUAUAGAACCGACACAACAGUCUUCUGUGGCUAUACAAGGCAAGGUAGCACCUGCUCCACAAGAGGGAAGCCACCCUUCAGAGAAGCUUGCCUGUCAUUGACGAUCUAAGGAACUCUGAUUCUUCAGAACCUGAAUUUCUCUCUCUUUUUCUCUUGAAAUUUUAUAUAUUUAAGAAAGGGCAGGCACUUCUAUAACAUACAAGAAGAAAGAAAGAGCAGUUGAAUUAAAAUUAAACAUACAAACAUAAUGCAAAUUUGGAUCACUUCAUUCACAACACCUGAAAAGAAUUAUUGUUAUUGGGAGUGGAGGUAGUAACGUUUUCCCCCAACAUGUAUCAAUACAAAUGUUAGAGAGAGACAGAAAUAAACAGUGGUUUGCCUGUUUGACAGCAUGUGUUCCACAACUUUAAAAAAGAAGAUGAGAAGGCCCGCAGUGUGACUGCUUCUUCAUAAGCAGGGAUUCCAUGCUACUGGAACACCUGAAUAAUUAGUAUCUGGAUCUUGCAUGUUGGGCUCUAUAUUUUUUUGCACAUAUACAUGCUUAGUGAAAGAACAAGAGGGCGUCCCACUCUGCCCAUGUAUGUCCUACGCAGAAGUAACAUGAAGAGGGCUCAAAUUAAUAACAAGAGCUUCCCUCAUUCCCCACCUAACCUUGCCUAAGGCCGCAUUUGCACCUUACAUUUAAAGCUGUUUCAUACCACUUCAGACAGUCAUUGUUUCCCCCCAAAGCAUCCUGGGAAUUAGUUAAGGGUGUGGAGAGUUGCUAGGAGAUCCCAAUUCUGCUCGCAGAGCUGCAAUUCCCAGAGUUCCAUGAGGAGAAGGAACUGACUGUGAAACUACUCUGGGACUGGGGUCUCCUAACGGCUCUCAGUAUCCUUAAGAAACUACAGUUCCCAGAAUUCUUUGGGGGAAAACCAUGGCUGUUUAAAGUAGCAUAAGGAGGUAGAUGGGACCUAAACCAAGAAUGUGGCUGCCUAGUCCACCCUGCUCUGUCUGAGUGGAGUUUCGUAUUCCAGAUGGCAUAUUCUUGCCCCAUGUUUAUUACAGACUGCUACAUAUUGGUCUAAAUUUUUUGCUUGUUUGUUUAAGCUUUCAGCCAGGAUCCACGGGGUUUAAUCUUGUCAAGCUGUAUGAGCAGCAGCAGCGGUGCUUUACAAAUAAAAAUAAUUCCAGCCUUUUGAGGGCAGGGGUGGCUAAUCUGUGACCCUCCAGAUGUUGUUAGGCUACGAGGACCGUCAUCCCUGACGGCUAGUCAUGCUGACUGGGACUGCUGGGGGCGGAGGAGGCUGCCUUAUACAAAGUCAGAUUUUUAACAUCCCAGCCACGCAAAAGUCAUGCAAGGAAGAGGCAUUAUGAUUGCAGCUGAAGGAGGCACUCCAGCCAGGCAACAGCACUCGAGGGCGGGGCAUGGCCUGAGGAGGGGACAGUGAGACCUGGAUCCUUAGGUCAUGAAGGGAGGAUUCAACCUGCUUUGGAUGGAGUUGACAGGAAGGAAUAAGAUGGUCCUACUCUGCAUAAUAAGGGACGCGGGUGGUGUUGUGGAUUAAACCACAGAGCCUAGGACCUGCUGAUCAGAAGAUCGGCGGUUCGAAUCCCCGCGACGGGGUGAGCUCCCGUUGCUCGGUCCCUGCUCCUGCCAACCUAGCAGUUCGAAAGCACGUCAAAGUGCAAGUAGAUAAAUAGGUACCGCUGCGGCGGGAAGGUAAACGGUGUUUCCGUGCGCUGCUCUGGUUCGCCAGAAGCAGCAUAGUCAUGCUGGCCACAUGACCAGGAAGCUGUACACCGGCUCCCUCAGCCAAUAAAGCGAGAUGAGCGCCGCAACCCCAGAGUCGGUCACAACUGGACCUAAUGCUCAGGGGUCCCUUUACCUUUACCUUACUCUGCAUAGUGCAGAUUCUUCUACUCGUAUUUCCUUCUCUUUAAGAAUCUUGUAGCUUCGGAAAUACCCUGAAGAUGUUGAGAGCUCAAGGUGCAUGUGUGACAUUGCUUUCCCGCCAUCUUCCCCAACAUCUGCCUUUGCUCCCAUUGCAGCGAUUCUGACUUCUGGAGCCCCGGAAGCAGCUGCCUUUAUGGCUGACGAAGCAGUAGAGUCUCUGCCAGGCCUUGUCCCUGUCCAGUACACCCUCAAGCACUACCUGCUCUACCUUGACGGAAUCCAGACCUGUGUCAAGAAGCUAAACGAAGGUAAGGCGGGAGAAGUUGGGACAGUGUGCACACUUUGAACGGGUGGGGAUGCCUGCUGGAUGAGGAGGGUUCUCCUUGUGAGCUAGAACACUGAACAUACAGACUUCCAGCUCACAGAAACCUUCUAUGUGCAUUCCAUUGCUACCAUAUAUGCCAGGAAGAGACCCUUCCUCUCUACCCACCAAUAGGAUUCUGUCUCCACCUUUAAAGCCCCGCCUCUUCACUUAAAAUAAUAAUUAUUUAAAAGCUCAAAGCCAAGUCAAGUUUCUUCUGGUUCUGCCGUUAUUUGUUCCUGUGCGUUUCCGGCUUUCUUGUCCAGUUCCCAUAGAAAGUUGCCUUAGGUUGAAUCCAACCAUUGGUCCAUUUAGCUCGGUAGUAUUUCUUGGAGAAACCUUUUUCAGUCUGAGAGCCAUAUUCCCUUGUAGACAACCUUCUGGGGACUGAGCCAGAGGCAGAAGUGAGCAGUGCUCACAAAGGGCGUGUUUCCUUCUACACACACACCUCUGUCCAGGCAAACAGGAAGCCAGAUCACAGCUCAAGGACAAAUUCCAGUUGUGCAGCAGAACCCAAGCAGGGCUCAGGGCAGUGAGGGGCAUGAUUUGGGAAGGGGCGCUGUCCCCCAGUCUCAGGGUUUCUACAUCCUCAAAGCACACAGCCCAACCGACUCCUCGUUCUUGAUUCAUUUCCUAGCUGAUGCAGAACAGGCCUGGACGCCUCACCGUGUGGAGAUGUGCCUCUGGGCUUGGGCCGUCGGCAGCAAGCUGCAGCUGCCUUCGUUGCAGGCUCUAGGCGGAGAGGGAGCAAAGGCAGGGGACGGGGCAGAAGCAGGCAGGCCUAAGAAGAAAAGGAAAGCAACAUGAAAAAUUCCAGGGUUCCAGGGCUGCGGCUUUAGAAUUGACCUUUGUUCCUUGGUGCAUGAAUACUGAAGCUGAACUACACACACACACACACACACACACACACACACAUAAAAAGGCCGUGCUGUUAUCCUGGAUCACCAGGACAAAUCGCCAGGAGAGUGUGCACCAGUGAUCAUUCAAGACCAUUGAACCUCUGGAGCAAAUAGUGCAGCUGUGGAAAACUGGUCUCCCCUCUCAGGACUCUCUUUCAUGGUCUGCAGUGUGGAGCAGCACAUGGCAAAAUGUAGAUCAGCCUUCCUCCCCCGCCCACCCCACCCCAAAUAAUUCGAGAAUGGUAAGUCACUCAUAAAACAGAUUGGGCAUCCUAAUGUUAAGCUUGUGGUUUAUGGCUGGAGCCUCACAGCUGCUCAGGAUCUGGGAUGAGCUUUAUAUUUGUGGGUGGGGAGGAGUUUUGCCUCCAGUUUGACGACUGUCUAGUGAUUAUCUUUCCAUGUAAUGUAAGGUUUGGCUGACUUGUGUCGUCAGGAACAAUUUGCUGCUUGGGUACCACUAGUGGGAGCACCUCCACUGGAAAUGCCCUCCCUUCUAAACUCCUCCCCUGCCCUGCAAGCAUUCUGUAAGACUGUGGUCUACUCUAGUCUACUUUGAACGGAUUAAUGGAUGAAAUCUCUGCUAUCCAGAUUCUCUGACAUGUAGCGAAGCGGAGGUGUUCGACUGACUAUCCUUUUUGCCUCCCCAGCUCUGUCACUGCUAGUGAAAUAAACACAACCAAAGCACAAUUUAUUUUCGGAAUCCGAUUUUGCUUUACGAAAUCAAGUUUUAUAUUAGCAAAAUAGAAAUUUAAGCUAUUAACAACAAGAAUUAAAUGCAUUAUCAUCCAUAGUCUCUCCCUCACUCUCUCACACACAGUCAAUAUGAGAUAUGUUCCCAGCUGCAUUACAACAGAAGGAAACUAUUUUUUUGAAUAUUAUCCUAGCAUUUCUCAUUGUAGUUCUUUUCCAAUAAAGUCCUUAUUUUCCUACAAAUUUACUUGUUGUUCCUAACAACCUAAGAAGUGCCUGGCUGGUGGAUCAGGCCAGUGGCCAUGUUCUCCCAAUGGUCAACUAGAAGCCUUCCAGAAUUCUGCCAGCUGUUCAAAAUAUGAUCUUCCGAAACACAUCAAUUUGGAUAGACUAUUGACCAUCUCCAUUUCUGUGACCUUCCUUUGACUUCUACACCCAUUUUGCUUUGCGACACAGGACAGCGGUAGGUCCUUCUGUAGCAUCCUCUUAAUUCACUCAGGGGUAGGGUGAGGCCCAGCUGGAUUGGUGCUUUGGGCAAGCUGUGUGUGAGAGCCCCUCACAAUCUGCCCCAGAAUCCUUUGCACCGCACAAUAGUUCCUCAGCAGAUGUACAAAGGAUCCCUUGCCUGAAAAAAAUGGGAAUGGCGUGGUGUUUUCUUUGACUGGAAACGGACCCCUCCCAUGUUAAAAAGUCAAACCAAAAAAGGGGGGGGCGAGUUGAAGACUCUAAUCCUGAAUGCAUUUCCCUUGAGAGUUAGCCUCGUUGAACUUAAUUCUGAGUCGACGGGUUUAUAGGAUUGUGCUGUGAGGGUUCUCUAAAAUAGGCCACGGGCCCUUCAGGCAGUGGUGUGCAGCCUCAUUUUGCUGGAGCCCUUGGCCAUGGAGUGGAACCCCUCGGAUAUCUCUUCUGCCAUGUCGAAACGUCUGGCUUUUCCCCCCCUCCCCGUGCCAAGGGUUAGCAAAGCUUUUGCUGCCGCAGCCCAGGAAUUUGCCUUCUGGCUGGCUUUGUGCUGGCUUGAGUUUUUCUGCUCCAGUAAUUUUUCCUUGGAUGCUUAAAAGUCCCCGUGCCUGCAAUCCCCCGUUUUCUGUCCUUCGCACAGCCUGGAGAUUUUGCUCUUGUUUUUUGAAUGUGUGCUUUUGUAUUUCUUUUGUGAGUCCUGGGUGGGGAAAGCUUCCCGAGAGCAGGAAUAGAAAGUGAGAGUGAAAUGCUUUGCCAGUCGCUGCUGGGGAAUGGUCUUGAAAUCACAACCUGAGGGUGCCCCCUCCUUCAAGUAGCCAGCCCCCAUCCAAUCCUCGUGCACUAGGGUUAGUUUGGCAUCUGUCGGUCACGGGAGACAAUGGAGGAGCAUGCCUCUGGGAGUGAAGAAUUACAGCGCCUGCUAUGGCUAUAGGGACGGAUACAGGAGAGAGAUGUUUUAUUGCAGGUGGGGUAGAUGAAGGCUCCUGGUUGUGCUGCUGCAGAUGCACCAUGGGAAGCUCUGUGUCCCAGGGAAUCUUCCCUUUGUUUUAGUGAGACUUGCACUGAUUAGCUUCCCAAUAGACUAUUGGACUGGCUAUAUAAGAGCCAAACCCAGCAUUUAGUUUCCAGUUCUGCCCCCUUUAAAGAGCAACACAUCAUUAAGCCUCAAAGCAAAUAGUUAAGUACCCCAAGAGCAAAAAACCCCCAACCUCUGGUGUUGAGGGCUGACAGCAUUGGCACUAAAACAAGAGGGGGAUAUUGACAUCCACUGGGGAAACACUGAGAUUUUGCAGAACAAAAAAACCCCAACCGUCAACCCUUAAAAAAAAUAAAUCAGCAGCCCAUUUUAGAAAUCAUUCUAAAUUGAAUUAAGCCUCUCCAAAGCCAUGGCUUGCCAAUGUGGAUGGGCUUCUGCAUAAAACAUGGACAGUGGAACUGAAUCUUUUGGAGGAAGGUCUUAACUGUCUGGCUGGAGUCCCAAAACAGAAACACAAGUCUUGGGAAGCGAGUUUACACACGGCAACAUUCUGUUGCAGGUCUGGCAUGCUGAGUCCUAAAAUAAUUGAAUGGAAAUUUGUGCUGAUUUCAAAUAAAUAGGUAAGAGCACUUGUGGAAUUUCAUAGUCUGGGGUCCUCAUUGGGAAGGACUGGGGGGCGGGCGACCCAGAAGCUCCUCUGCCGUCAGCAAUCUUGCAGCUUCAGUAUCUGGGAUGCUGCACUGCUUUCCCCUCCCAGAAACGGGGCAGGGCCUCCCCACAGAGCGGCAUCUUGCCUUCAGCUCAGCUACCGUUGGAGCUGCAGUGUUAGUUCCAGCAGGAGGCUUGGCGCAGGGAAAGCCGGGGUGCUGCAAACAUGUCAACACCGGGGGUUGCACUAGUUUUUAACACAGCGGAGCAACUGACCUAGUUUUGAGCUAGCAGAAGUGUGGCUCCCUCCAUCCCUCAGGUAUUGCUUCACUGACACUUCACUCCCAACUCUCUUCCUAUCACCCUUUCUAGCAAGGAACCCCGACCUCCAGCACGGGCCUCAAGCCUGCUGUGCCCAAUUUGCAAGCACGUGUCCCAUGACCUCUUCUGCGCUUUGUUCAUCCCUUAUUUUGGGCCAUUCCACAUGUCUGCUGUCACUGAAUACACAGCAGGCUUCCCUGGAGUGACCUGCUGCUGAUGAUGUCUGGGUUGUCCAUUUUCUGCUUCCUCUGCCACCGAAAAUUAACACUCUUAAGAGCGUAAAAAGAUCCCUCCGGAUCGGGCCCAAAGCCCAUCUAGUCCACCAUCCGGUUCUCACAGGAGCGAACCAAGAAACACACAAGCAGGACCCAAGUUCAACAGCGCUCUCCCCUCACUCUGUCUCAGCUCUGGAAGGCCAAAUGCAGCCCUCUCUCUAAGGACCUAGGGACUAUCCGCAGGCCACACUUCCUUCCUAGCCAUGCCCUGCCCACAUCUCUGGCUUGCCCCAAUUCACAGCCUCCCAGAAGCUUGUGGCCUAGCUCUCAUAUUGCCUCUUGCUCACCUGGAUGGAGGAUUGAGAUGCAGGGUGAGUAUAAACCGCUCUACUUUGCAUAGGUACAAUAAUGGUUCAAAUGUUGCUCCGUCCACUUUUGGCUCUGCUCCCACCUGCGACUGGCAUGAGGCCCCUGGAAGGCGGUCCAAAAGGGAAUGUGGCCCUUGGGAUGAAAAAGCUAGCUCACCCCUGCUCCACCUGGCACACUCGUGAGCAGAGGUCAGCAAACAUUUUCAGCAGGGGGCUGGUCCACUGUCCCUCAGACCUUGUGGGGGGCCGGACUAUAUUUUGAAAAAAUAAAUAAAAAUGAACGAAUUCCUAUGCCCCACAAAUAACCCAGAUGUGCUGGUCCCAGGGGGUUACCGUGCGGCGUGGUCCGGGUCUAGUCUGAGGUCAAGGGUGUGGUAUGGAGGCUGUCCGUCAAGGCUGAAGCGGGGUCCAAGGCAAGGAGUCAGGUGUGGUCAGGAACUCUGGCAGAAGAGCAGGACAGGGUGCCGGCAGGAACAGGUUACCAACAAUGUUGCACCUGCAACCUGGGACUGGGCUGGCUGGCUUUUAUCUCCCCCUGAGGCAUACGGCGGCCCUGGUCCACAGGUGACUCGCCUCUCCUGGCCUGGAGGCGAGCACUCCUCCUGCAAUAACUUAGUUCCCUCCGCCUCUCUGCCCUGAGCCUCUGCAGCUCAGGAGAGGCUGGAGGGUUACUGGACCCAGGGGCAACCUCCUCUUCCCCGACGGGGCUGAGAGUGGAGCACCUGCAGGCAAUGGAUCCUCGAUCACCCCCGAAGCCAGGAGCAGACUCAGCUGGUGUCUGCUCCUGAGGACCCGGCACAGGUGAGGACCCUUCAGGUUCAAGCCCCUGGCCUGGCUCAGCUGGUUCUGGAGGCGGGGACUCCUAUGCAGGCUGGGAUUCCUCAGGUUCAGCCUCUGAAUCUGAUUCCCAGGCCAUCACACCAGAGAUGCAUUUGAAAUAAAAGGACACAUUCUACUCACGUAAAAGCACGCUGAUUCCCAGACUGUCCGCAGGCCAGAUUUAGAAGGUGAUUGGGCCAGAUCCGGUCCCCAGGUCUUAGUUUGCCCACCCCUGCUCUUGAGUGUGGCUGCGGAGCCCCUUCCACCAGACAUGCAAAAGUCCCAACUGCAGAGCAUGAUGGGUAGGAUGUUUUCCACUGUUAAAGGCCCCGUUUCGUUAUUCAUUCAUCAGAAGUGCCUUGUUCUUGGCAUUUGUGUUCCUUUUUCUCCAGCUGUUUGAGAGUGGCAGCCCCCAUCUUUCCCUCUGCCUAUCCACCCUUGUCUCCGUCUUUAAAAGAGACCCCUCCACACAACACCCGCAAUUAAAGAAAAGCUGGGGACUUUGCAUGGGGGUGGAAAGAGCAGCAUUGAGUAAAUUAUUCACAAUCACAUCAAGCAAUUAGUUUGUCGCACUGAAAUGCCAAGCCACACACAUAGAGUCCCUGAGGAUCCCCCAACGCAUUACUUCCCCUAAUCCUCACUGAGAAUCGAAAGGAUUAUGUGAUGUUGAUACAUUCCGUUCCCCAUCCGUCCCCUCUAUGGUGGCUGCGUUUUGUUGAGGGGAAAUCAGAAGCAAUUAACAAUGUUGUUCUGUUUUGAGAAGGAUGCCGCAGAUUAAGGUAUCACAGAUCCCAAAGGCCCAAGACUGUCAGAAACCACAACUGCGUAUGCGCACAGAGAAAGCUGGUUGAUCCCACAUUAGAUCCCAGGUGCAUCUGGACCAGCGUUGUGAACGGUCAGAAUGAGAAACCUCCCGCCAGACGUUUAUUUAUUUAAAAAAAUUGGAUACCUUCAACUGCUUUAACACAUUGUUGUAAUAUUGUGGGGUCAGUCUGAAUGAUACCUCUGGGUCCCUUCCCAAACCUGUGAUCUGUGAGGUUACAAUCUGUUAGAGACUGUUUCUUUGUAAGAUAAUGCCCUGAGCUGGUCAGCCAAGUACCUCCAUUUACAUAUCCAAAGAGCUUGCCCUGUUGCUAUAGAGACAAGUGGGUGGGCCUUUUCCCCACAUCACCUGCAAUUGCAGCAGAGUUCUCAGUUAUUAGACGUUCUGCAGGCGGGAUCUGCAACAAAAUGUUGCAGUGUGGAGCACUUCUGUUCAGGAGUCUAGUGUCUCCAUUCCACUACCACCCUGCUUUCAUUCCCCACCUCCCUCCAGCAGUCAAGAGGCUAUGGUCAGUUACCAUGUCCAGUCCUGACUUUUUCUAAAAGUUUUUUUGUUAUAGUUCUGCAAUCCUCAGGGUCUCCCCACCCUGAAGUCUGCUGAUAGAGAGAUGCAAGAGAGCUGCAUUUUAUCUAUGUAAGGAACAUUAUUCACACUCUGAUCAUCAAUAGUAUAAAUGAUGAUAUUAAGUGGAAAGGUUUAUACUAGAGGAAUAACUAUUAAUUAUAGAAUGGGCUCCAGUUUUUGAUCCGUGCGGGAGGCACGUUUGCAACCUGCAGUGUUUGCAACCCGUAGUACCGCUUCUGCGCACACAUGGGUCGUGAUUCGGCGCUUCUGCGCGUGCGCAAAGCACCGAAACCCGGAAGUAACCCGUUCCAGUACUUCCGCGUUCGGCACGGUGCGCAACCCGAAAACGCAGAACCUGAAGCAUCUGUAACCCGAGGUAUGACUGUACUGGAACAACACCAAACUCCAGUAAAAUAUUCACAGGGAUAUUUUGGCUAUUUUCUGGGCUGUGUUAAAUGUAAGCCUAUGGGGUGUAUUAGAUAUAGUUAAAUUGCAUCGUGAAAUUAGAUUUAAUUUCAUUUGGUUGCAGUGGAUGGUCUUUUUUGUUUUUGUUUUACUUUUUCUAAAUAAAUCUGAACUGAAAAAGAAGAUGUAGAUCGCUUCAGUGCAUGAAAGUGGUAUUUAGCAAACACUGUUAACAGCUGCUGGCAGACUUGUCUGUCAUCUAGACCGGUACUGACUAUCGUGAUUUAGGGUUGCUGCCUUUUAAUGGACAGAUGUUCCUGCUCCUUUUACAGCCUUGUGA